ACAACAUGAAAUCCCAGAAGAAUUGUUCGAUAUUAGUGACUGAGAUUCUGUGGUUUCUCUAUCUUAUCGUGCAGUUCAUCUCCUCUGUUGACAGCGAAGUACAUUUCUAUGAUUUCGUUGUAAGGGAGAAAAACUUCACCAAACUGUGUAUAACAAAGAGCAUCUUAGUAGUAAAUGAUAGUUUUCCAGGUCCAGAGAUACGGGCUCACAAAGGGGAUACUAUUUACGUUAACGUUCACAACGAAGGGGAUUAUGGUUUCACUAUUCACUGGCAUGGGAUUAAACAACCAAGAAAUCCGUGGUCGGAUGGUCCUGAGUACAUCACGCAGUGCCCAAUUUCUCCUGGAACAAAUUUCACCUAUGAAAUCUAUUUAUCCUCUGAAGAAGGAACUUUAUGGUGGCAUGCUCAUAGUGAUUGGACAAGAGCCACUGUUCAUGGUGCCAUUGUCAUCUUACCAAGUGUUGGAACCACAUUUCCAUUUCCUCAACCGGAUGAAGAUGAAACCCUUAUAAUUGCAUCCUGGUACGAGGGAGAUAUCAAAGAAUUGGUUGAUGAAGGUAUGGAUGAUGGUAGUGACUUGCCUCAUUCAGAUGCUUAUACUAUAAAUGGCGAACCAGGAGAUUUCUGUCCAUGCUCUAAUGGAACAACAUAUCGUCGAAUGGUUGAUUACGGCAAGACCUAUCUUCUUCGCAUAAUCAAUGCAAACAUGAACGCCGAACACUUCUUUGCAGUUGCUGAACACAAUCUCACUGUUGUUGGCCUAGACGGAGCCUAUAUAAAACCCAUAGACACAGCCUACAUAGUAAUGAGUCCUGGACAAGUAAUGGAUGUCCUUCUCAAAGCAAAUCAAUCUCCUGGCCAAUACUAUCUGGCUGCUAGACAAUACUCAAGUGAGGAUGCAGAAGUAACUGGCUUUGAUCAUGUCAAUGUUACUGCAAUCCUUGAAUACAGAGGCAACUACUCAUAUCAGACACCUCCUUCCUUUCCAAAUACUCUCCCCAUGUACUUGGACUCUACUGCAGCAAUAAAAUUCACCCGCCAGAUUAAAAGCUUGGCAAAUCCCAAAUACCCUAUAGAUGUCCCAUUAAACGUUACUACUAGCAUGUUCAUAACAGCUUCGAUGAAUGAUCUUACUUGUACAUAUCCACGGUGUGAAACAAGCGAACAAAUCUCUUCAAGCUUGAAUAAUGUUAGCUGGAUAAACCCAAGAACUGAUGUCCUUCAAGCCUACUACAGAAACAUAAGUGGGGUUUACACAUCAGAUUUUCCAGACCAGCCACCUACGUAUUAUAACUUCACAGAGGAAACUUUCGUGGAUGAUAUUGUGUUCACCGUGCAAGGGACAAAGGUGAAGGUGUUGAAUUAUAACGAAUCAGUUCAAAUUGUGUUCCAAGGGACUAAUGUGAUGAAGGGCUCCGUUAAUCAUCCAAUGCAUAUGCAUGGAAAUAGCUUUUUUGUGGUUGGAUUUGGUUAUGGAAACUAUGACGAUGAGGCUGAUCCGAAGGGGUUUAAUUUUGUUGAUCCUCCUCAAGUAAAUACAUUUGGAGUUCCAAAAAAUGGUUGGUUAGCAAUCAGAUUUACAGCAAGUAAUCCUGGAGUAUGGUUUUGGCAUUGUCAUUUUGAUAGACACUUGAGUUGGGGUAUGGACACUGCUUUCAUAGUCAAGAACGGGGGCACUACUGAGACAAGCAUUCGCCCACCCCCAGCGUACAUGCCUCCGUGUGAACCUCACUUGGAUUCUCGUAUAAAAAACAGUAAUGAGAUCAUUCUGUAG